AGUGCCUCCUCCUCCAAAGAGGAGAGUGGUAGGAGCCCGAGUGUGACAACAAUGCGGUAUGGUAUAGGGAAUAAUGGAAAUGGUAGCAGUGUAGAUCCAGAAGAAUCAAGUGCAAGGAGAACAGGGAGGAUAGAAGCUGAUGAUAAUGAAGAAGACGAAAGAUCAGCAGAAGAAGUCCAAAGAAUGUUAAAUCGAGAGAAGAGAUCUAACAAGAGGUUACAACGGAAGCUCGAACAGUCGCAGGAAAGGGUUGUUAUUCUAGAGCAAGAAGUCCAGAUACUAACACAAGAUUUGGAAGCUGCGGAGGAUGAGUUGGACCAGGUAAAGGACGAGAAUCGAGCAUUACUAAAAGCAUUGGCCAAGUUAGGCAGUUAGGCCAUGGUAUAUAUGUAUAGCCCCCUCUACUGUUAGGACAGAGAAUAACUGAUAGCAACUCACAGUGGCAGGCAGACCACAGCGGGAAAGAAACAGACGCAACUGUGCAACAUGGAUGAAGAUCAUGAAACCUCAAGAGUCAACAACGGCACUCGUAUUUACUUUGUAUUGGCACUUUUGGCAUAUCAGAAGGAAUUUAAUUCCUUAUCCCAGCAAAAACUGUGAUGUUAUCGGGUGUACAUAAAAAACUAAACCAGUCACUUACUCCGGUGUUGAAUUCACAUUGUUAGUCCAACCCCAAAUGGUGUUAAUAUUACCCCUUUUGCUGUUUCAACACUUUUUACGUGUUGUGUUGAGACUGUGGUGUUAAUUGAUGGACGUAGAUGACCACACCAGUCAGUUUACACCUUAAAUGAAUUCAGUGUUAGUUCAACAUCAAAUAUAUUAUAACACCUUUGGUUAUUUCAGCACUCUUUGGUGUUAUGUACAAACUCUAUGGUUUAGUUUAACACCUUAGGGCUUGGUCCUGUCGGAAAACCAACUGGUGUCAGUUUUAACACCUAAUGAUAUUAUUACUGUUUCAUGACAAUUUCUCUGGCGACAAUUGCUCUGAUUGAAAAUCUGUUAAGCCAAACAUAAAUCCUAAACUCUAAAACUUAAACCCUGAGCAAUGUAUUUACAUUAUUCUGAACAAAAAUUAUAUUACAAUCCUAACUCUAACCCAGUAACCUCCCAGUAACCUCUGAGAUAUUAAGACCGGAGCAAAUGUUGGAUAACACCCUUUUUUAACACUCUUUGGUGUUGUGCUCAAACACUCAAAUGUAAUUUUAACAUCACAGUUUUUGCCAUGAACCAUAAAACCAUUGAUUUAAUAGUUUGAAACAUGAUCCAAUGUCCUGAAUCACAAGCCUAGGUGAUUGAUCACAUAUAUGAUUUCUGCAAUUGAUUGUACAUUAUUGUCAAUGCAAUCAAUUAUAACAAUUUGUUAUGUGAUCAAUUGCCAACAUUUGUGGCACAGGGUCCUGAUCUUAUGUAGAUAUGAAGUUUGUCUGUAAAGACCAGGGGGAUGUUUUACAAAGAUUUACGUAUGACUUUGAGUUGCACUUAAGUGCCUAGUUGUGCGUGGUAUGAAAGACAUUACCUCAUUGGUCCAAUUAUGCCAAGAGGAUUCAUAAUACUGUGUAUUAAUCAGUAAGAUCACGUGUUGGAUAUCAUGUACGCAUCAGCAUUUUAGUGCGACUGUAAGUCACACUUAAAUCUUUGUGAAACACCCCCCAGAAUGGAUAUAAACAACCUUAAUAGAUUCUUAUAUGAAGCCUGUAGCUUUCAGACAUUAGUCACAUGCGUCUUUUAAAGCAUGUAGGUGACUCAAAUCAAUUUUGAUUAUGGCAAGCCAACAGCACCAUAUUUCAUCAUCAUCUUUUUUUGUGAACAAUUGGAUGUGUUGUGCAUAUUGGAUGGAUUUAGCCAAUCAGCCUGCUGUAUCUCGUGAUUCAAAUCAAUUUUAACUAUGGAAAGCCAGCUGCACCAUAAUUUUUCAUCUAGGACACGUGCAUCGAAGCACGGUUUUGUGAGAGAUUGCAUGGGUUAUGCAUGUUGGUUGGACUAAGCCAAUCGGCCUUCAGUUCUCUAUCAUGUGAUUUAAAUCAGUUUUAAUUAUGGAAAGCCAUCUGCACCAUAAUUUUUCAUCUAGGACACGUGCAUCGAAGCAGUUUUGUGAGAGAUUGCAUGGGUUUUGCGUGGAGGAUGGAUCUAGCCAAUCAGCUUUCUUUAUCUCCUGCCGAGAGGAAGAGUACAUACUCCUGGUAGAUGAAUUAUAACCCAACAAAUGGCUUUCCAUAGUGGAAUCGAAAUGAAUAAAGCUUGCUUGGCUUUCCAUAGUACAUGUUGGUUUGGCCUAUGGGUUCAAAUUCAGUUAAACUCUCAUGGGGCCUUAUAAGUAACUUGUAACCAGUUGCAAAUCUCUUGGUAUGUGCGAAUCAAUCGUAUGUCUUGCAAUUAGUUGCAAGUUUGCAUUUGAUUUGCAAGCUGUGAGAUUUUUGGGGAUGUGCAAGAACCCUUAAUGCAACAAGUAGGAGAAUUCCCAGGCGGUCUGCAAACAGGACCCUUGCCUCUCACUGUUAUUUAUUGAUAAAAGUCAUAAUCAGUAUCACAAAAUGAGAAAAGGAAGGAGCGAUCGUAGGAAAGGAAUUAGUUUGCUACCAGUUAUUCUCCUUCUUGGCUUUAUAAAUACAUGUAAAUACUACUUGUUUGAUAAUAGUACUAAAUAUGAAUACAUAUUGUUGCCAAAAAGAGAUUAAAUAAUGUGUAAAAUAUUGAAUUCAGGAUUUGGACUCAGGCAGCAUACUUUUUCAUCUAUUUUCGUAUUUAUUGGUGAUGCCAUGUAAUCCUAAAGCAGUGAAUGAUGUCAUGGCAAUAACCGUAACAAUAAGUUUUAUUGAAUAAAGAUCUCUUUAGCAUUCUCCAUCUUCACUUCUUAGGUGCUCAAUAAAAAAAAAACGACAGUAUUUAUAAAGAAGCUUCCAAAUUCAUAAGAUAUCCAUAUGCUUAGGAUGAAAAAUUACUAAAUUUUAGCAAUUGAGCAAAAAUGUUAUGAAACCUCUCUACACAUGAUGAGAUUAUCCAUGUCUUUGCCUGUUUGAGAGUAUCUUUAAUUACAGUGAAAACAAGAUUUUUUUUCUUGUUUUUUGUUUCUUGAUCAUGAUCAACAUUUGGCCGUAAAGGUCACAUGUUUGACCCUUGAGCGCAGAUAUCCCUGAUAUAACAUAUUUUACUUGAUUAUUUUUGGGAGUCUGGAAAAGGUACAUUGCCAGCCGUUCUAUGAUACGAAACAAUGCUUAAGCUAUGUUAGGAGUAUGCAGCACUUAGAAACAUUGUUUUUAGUGCUAUAAAAAUGUUUCACAUUAUGACUAAUAUUGUAUGGCAAGUUUAUUUAUUAAAAAAAAGAGAAAAUGGGUCACUUUGGUAGAUCCUUGCAGCAAACAGAACUGGGGAGGUUUCCUAAAGCUGCUCGUUAGUUACAAAUGACUUAACUUACGGACGAAUGGUGACCCUAUCUUUAGAGCUAAGUCGAUGCUAGUGAAAAUUUAGGAGAUAUCUUAUUUUAAAGAAUGGGUCACCAGUUGUGUGUAAAGUCAAAUGGAUCUAAUGUUUAAUGCUUGAAUGGAUCUUUCUAGCUUAAGUUAUUUAUCAUAUGCCAUUUUGUUUUGGAGGGUCUCACAAUUGAGCAUUAAUAGAUGAAAAAUAUUUUAAAAAUUGGUUAGGCUGUGAGUAACUUGAAGAACACAUGUAUAUCCAGUGAGUGAGAGAAGUUCCGAGAAAAGCCAUAUAAAGUCCACAGACAUCUGGCAAAAUACAUUGUUCUAUUGCGGUCUGAAUUUUGCCAAGUUCUGCGAACUGCCAUAUAGGUAAAGAGAGAUGUUACUAACAACUUAUGCCUAGUUUGGUCGGCAAACAGAGUUGUAUUGGCUACCAAUUGAGUAUAGGAUCGAAUUCAAAAUCCUUCUUACUUUCAAGGCUGUGCAUGGUGUAGCUCCAGGAUACAUGACUUCCCUUAUAGAACAACACCGUGUACGUCCUGGCUUGCGCUCAUCUGGUACUGGUGUCACUCCUCAUGUACCCAUCACACACCUAAGGGGAUUUGGAGACCGUACCUUUUCUUCUAUUGCUCCACACCUUUGGAACUCCCUCCCUUCUUCACUUCGUGAAAUUGACAGCAUAGAACUCUUUACACCGUCUCUCAAAACUCACUUAUUUCGGCAGAUGUGUAGUGAUUAUUUGGAUGAGCCUGCACCUAUGAAUGUAUGUAACAGAUAUAUGGUGCAAUAUAAAUGCUGUGGAUCAUCAUCAUCAUCAAACACAACGUUGCAUACCCAUUUUCAUGAUAAAAUGAAGAGUAUAAUCCUUGAUCAGAGACCGUCUUUUUUGGGGUGUUUUCAGAACAAUCUCUGCCACUUUUUUAAUACACAGUACUAUACUGCCCAACUUUGGCAAAAGGAAGCAAGUGACACAUCAGUCAAAUCUGACAUAUUGUUUCUGAAACACCCUUUGUAUGUUGCACGUUCAGGCAAAAUUUGGGUAAGAAAUGAUCGUUCUAUGGAAAGAUAUUUGAGAAAAUAUGCUGUUAAAUUGCAUUGAUACCUAUGAAAUGAGGAACACACAUUGCUCAUUUACAAAAAAUUAUACUUUUGUAACUUGCUUCCUUUUGCCAAAGUACGGCAGUAUACUUACCUAUACCAUCUCAUUAUGUUGCUAUUCGUUACCCCCAACUCAGAUAGCCCCAGGACUUGUAACAAAUAGAUGAUGAACAGCAUUUGUAUAGUUCCAGUUAUAUGUUCAAAGCUUAUUAAUAUGUUAUAUUAGUAUUACCAACUGGUAGAGCAGGGGGCCAUUUCUUAAAGCUGUUUGUAAGUUAAGAGUGACUUUUGAGAACAACCGGUGAUCUCUUCUUCUGGUAAAUGAUAUUCACCAUUAAAUGUUCAUUGGUGAUUAUUUAGCGCGUAUGAAAGGUUCACCAGUCGUUCUUAAAGUCGCUCUUAAUUUACAAACAACUUUAUGAAACACCCACCCAAUCUUUUAUUUAU